AUGUCGCAGAUAUGGAAGUUGGAUGGGUGGGUUAUUUUCAAGGAGUUAGGAGACCAAUGCUUUUUGAUUGAAUUCCAAAAGAUGGUAGAUAAAGAUAAAGUACUAAGUGGACGUCCAUGGUUUUUUGAUAGACACCUUCUGACCAUGAUGGAAGUGGAUGAAACAGUAUCCAUCCAUGCAUUGCAGUUUCGUUUUGAACCCUUUUGGGUGCAAUUGCAUAACCUUCCGUUAGCCACCAUGACAGAAGAUUUUGGUCAGCAAUUUGCAGGAUCCAUUGGGCACGUUAUCAGAGUGGAAGCUGAGGCUGAUGGACAUGCUUGGGGGAGGUGUCUCAGAGUAAGGGUAGCAGUGGAUCUACAUAAACCUUUGCUGAGAGGGAAAUGGCUGAAGCUAGGUGAAAAACAGCAUUGGAUUUCCUUUAAGUACGAACGUUUACAAAGUUUUUGUUUCAAAUGUGGGGUGUUGUCUCACAAAGGAAGAAACUGUGCACGGCUAAGAGCUGAGCAACAAGGAGAUGAACAGGCCUCGUAUCAGUUUGGCCCCUGGUUACGAGGACAACCCAGGAACACAAACAUAUUUGAUAGGCGCAGGUAUGGUGGUGGUGGAGAUGGAAACCAACACAGUGGUGAAUAG